AUGUCAUUCAACAGGGGUGCCGUUGUUUCAGUUCAUUACCGGGACCGCGCAUGGGACAUCAAGCUCAACUCGGCGGUAAACACCGCGUGUCUUGAAAGAGACACCGCCACCCUAGCACUAGAGUUACAAGCUGCACUAAACCUCAGCACGCCUCCGGUUGGGCUGAGGCUACGCGUGGCACCCGGCGCUCAGGCAGUGAUUUGUCCGCUCAGCGCCGUGAUCGCGUGUCCGUCGUACAUCGCCACCGCCUAUCAAGGCAUGUCUUGGUUCCCGCUGCUGGAAGGGGGAGGCGACGACCAUCAAGAAGCACCACCCAAUGCACCACCAGCAACACCGCAAACCCAACUGCCAGCGCCUCCCUCGGACGACCCUCUCCUGCCCCCACCCCUGGGGUCACCUCUGGAGCACGAACUGUCCUUCCUAGCGACCGGAGGAGGAUCCACGGCGUCUCCCUCGGAGGGGUGCGGUCGCCCGCUCACGGCGCCCCCCGGCGACCGCACGCGGGGAAUGACGAGGCCGCGCCCGGGCCGUCGAGAGGGCCUCGGCAGACCCAUGUCGGCCACGCCCAGCGACAAGAGCUUCGGGAUGCGGUGGAUCCGCCCGGGAAAGAGCGAGGGCUUCGGAAGGCCCGUCACGGCGCUCCCCAGCGACCACAGCCACAGCGGCAGCCCCGCAUGGGGAAGUCCCCACGGCUUCCAGUGCGAGGAGACCGCCGCCACCACCCCAGAGGACGCUGGUGCGCGCCGGCCGGCCACUGCUCCCGCGCUUUGGCGACAGCCCUCCUCGAAUCUCAGCGGCUCGAGGAAUGACAACGGGGCGUUCGGCGAGCGGUUCGGACGAGGGGGGUCUGCGGAGGCGAACGAGGGGACGGGAGGGGUGGCUGCGGCGCAUCAUCGACUGAUGCCCGAUGGCGGUGGCCCAGGGGAACAUGGUCGUGCAGUUGGCGGUGACGUCGACUGGGGGUGGUGUGGAGUUGGUCCGGCGAGGGAGUGUUGGGCGUAACGGGUCGUUCCGAGCGUGUAGGAAUGAGCGUGUAGUGUGGCAGCGUGAAGUGCACCAGCCCUGGAUGUAUCAGGUACGUAGGCAGGCAGGAUCGCCAAUAGAAGGAAAUGUGGAGUUUACACGCGAAGUGCAGUAUUUACCCCCAAUUGUUAUGUGUGCCUGUGCUGUGACCAUGUGGGGCCAAUAGUGUGAUGAGCCGAAGUCGCAUCUACAACAGGAAGAUUGUUUGCUGCACUCGCCAGCUGGCUAAUGAUCUACGGGGCCUCCGGGGGCUACGUGGAUGGUGUUGUAAGUAUGAUUGAAUGAUU